GGCAGACGCACGCAUCAGCACAGUGUCAGUGGCUGCGUUUGGUGUUUGAGAGCAGCCACAGGUCCUCAACGUCCUGUUAUGCCAACUUACAUUCUGGUUCGAACCACUCGCUCUAGCUCGAUCCAGCCGCGGCAUCUACACGCACGCCCCACGGGCUGAAAUCUGUCCACAACUAAGCACAGCCGCCACGUCCUUACCUCUGGACCUCCAGUUGCGCUUUCCGACGUCAGAUCCCUCUGACCACUAUCUGUACACGGCUGAAAGACGAGUCCAUAGACACCACUUACAUUACGCGGUACUCUUAGCUACUCAUUAGACGAUCAGACGGUGCCUUGGAGUGCUUCCAGCAUGUUCAAUAGAUUCGGCGCUGGGGGUGCGAACCCCCCACCUCAGAGAGACGCAGGUGGCGGUUACCAGAAUUACUCACGCCCGCAACAACAACCGCCUAAUAACUAUGGUGGAGGUGACACCCGCAUGGGCGGCUAUGAAGAUCCAAGAGGUGGCUACGGAGUACCCCAACGAACCCCAGUCGGCGGUCGCGGACCCGCGCCAGGCCAGCGACAAAACGUGCCCAUGCGAGGCGGUCAGGUGUUGCAGCUACAGCCGGAGAAGUCGCACGGCGGCAACAGCUUCGCAUUCAGCAAUCUUGUUUCUGUAAGCCCGAUCGAUUUCGGCAAUCAGCAGGAGCUCUAUAUCAUAGUAAAUGGCCAAUAUGUGUUUACAGCCCGACCGAUACAGCAGUGUCCGCCAGGCAUGAUCGGAUUUACGGACAACCAGAGGUCGUGGGCGCGGAUCGGCCUAGGUCCUGGGUACACUGUGAACGUAGAGCGGUACGAGCCCAUGACCGAGGGUGAGCAGAGCGGCUAUAUUUACUCUGUCGAUUGCCAGUUGGCGUUUAAGUUGGCGAAGAAGACGACGGACCAACCAUACGAUCAGCAAAUGCUAAACGACAUCUUCACACAUACUUUCGAGAAUCAGAUCCUGGCUCCUGGCCAGAUAUUGCUCAUGGACGUCAACAAUAUUCCCCUAGAGCUUACGCUAUCGAAUAUUGAACUCGUAGAUCUUAGUCAGGAGAAGGAGGCUGCACGACCCGCCUCAGAUGAUCCGAAUUCAAGAGGCAUUGUUACGAAGAGAACACAGGUCAACUUUUAUAAAGAUCCUAGCUCGGGCAUCAAACUGAAAGCGUCAAUGAAGAAGCCAGCAGGCACAUCCAUAAUUGCACCGAACUUUAAGUUUGAAAGUCUCGGCAUUGGUGGACUGGACAAGGAGUUCGAGACUAUAUUUCGCAAAGCCUUUGCAUCUCGUUUGCUGCCGCUAGGAUUGAUGGAGCAACUUGGUACAACUCACGUCAAGGGUCUCUUGCUCUAUGGUCCACCAGGCACUGGAAAGACUCUCAUUGCGCGGCAGAUUGGUAAGAUGCUCAAUGCAAGAGAGCCAAAGAUCGUCAACGGCCCUGAGGUGCUCAAUAAAUACGUUGGUGCUUCUGAGGAAAAUAUCCGUAAACUGUUCGCCGAUGCCGAAAAGGAGUACAAGGAGAAAGGAGACGAGUCGGAGCUUCACGUCAUCAUCUUCGAUGAACUAGAUGCCGUAUGCAAACAGCGUGGUUCCGGGACCGGCGGAACUGGCGUCGGCGAUUCAGUCGUCAAUCAGCUCCUCUCGAAGAUGGAUGGCGUUGACGCUCUGAACAACAUCCUUCUUAUCGGCAUGACGAAUCGGAAAGAUAUGAUUGACGAGGCGUUGCUACGUCCGGGUCGUUUAGAAGUCCAUCUGGAGAUCGGCCUGCCUGAUGAAAAGGGACGCGUGGAUAUUUUGAAAAUCCAUACCUCUAAAAUUCGGGCUAGCAAUCGCCUCGAUCCCGACGUAGAUUUGCUACAGCUUGCCAAAUCAACGAAGAACUUUUCUGGUGCAGAAAUAGCGGGAUUAGUCCGUGCAGCGGUGUCCUGGGCGCAGACCCGUCAUGUUAAAGUUGGCACAAUGGCUAGUUUGUCUGAAGAUAUCACGGAUAUUCGCAUUAAAAUGGAGGACUUCCAAAGAGCACUUGACAACAAGGAGGUAGUUCCGCUGUUUGGUGUUGCUGAGGAAGAACUAGAUCAAGCACUUUCCGGCGGUUUCUUCACUUUCUCCGAAACUGUUCGUCGAAUUCUACAGGAGGGUGCAUUAUCUGCCCAGGCUGUUAAGGAUGGUGAUUUGCAACUUCUCUCCACCUUGAUCUAUGGUCCUCCUGGCACGGGCAAGACAGGUAUCGCAGCCAAGCUGGCGCUCGAUGCCGGCUUCCCCUUUGUGAAAUUUAUCACACCGAACAACAUGGUUGGUAUGAACGAAAGCCAGAAGGUUGGCUAUCUCGAUAAGGUAUUCCGAGAUGCGGACAAGUCGACAACAUCCCUUAUCGUUGUCGAUGAAAUCGAGGCUAUAAUCGACUACGUGGAAGUCGGACCGCGCUUCUCGAACUCAGUACUACAAACUUUGAGAACGUUCAUCCGCAAGUUGCCUCCACCGGGUCGCAAUCGACUCAUCUUGUGCACAACUUCGGAGCGUGGAGUGUUGUCGCGACUGGGUCUUUUAAAUGCAUUCUCAACAGAGACAGCUAUGCCUUACGUGCUUAAUGGACAAGAAUUGGCUGCCGUUUUGGCCGGUUCCGGCGCUUUUGACGAGCGGGCGAUUCGAACGAUACCCAAGUGGCUCUCAGAACAGACAGGGAAGGACCGGGUCGGUGUUGGCGUGAAAGAUAUUCUGACAGCGAUUGGACGAAGCAAGAAGAGCGACAAUAUGGUUGAGAAGUUUGUAGAGAUUAUGGCGGAGGAAUGUGCAAAGAGAUAGCAUUUCAAGGUACAGCAUUGGCUCUUAAUGCUGCCCAUAUCCUAUCUUUGAUUAUAUCUCGGUCGCUGCAUAUUGGAAUCUAGAAGCUCAGCUUUGCGGAAGACCUGUCUUGUUUGUUCAUAGGAUCGGGAACACACACAACUCCGCAUGAAUUGAAGUCUGGAGUGAAUUUCCCAUGGGCUCACUCAAGACGAUGGGUGUUUCUAAUGUUUCCAGAGAGCUAGAAGUCAUAGAUUUCAGAGGAGAGAAAUCGAGCCUCACCAGAGUUAUAGAAAAAGCUAGUCCGCAGAGAACAGUGAACAAAAGCGCGAUGGGAAAUGUAUGAUACGUCCACGACUGCAAGGUCUAGGUCUGAGUGGCUGAAUUCAUAAUUUCUUGUUGGUCAUUCAUAUGUUUUGCAUAGCAAAAUAGCUUCGUGU